GGGCGGGUCGUCAACAUGUCAGCCGUCUGCAAGGCUUCGCUUUUGGAGAGGAACCAAUACAAAGAAAUGUGAUUUGCACAAAUGUGUUGUGAUGUCUGCACUGAAGCCCUUGUGGCGUAUUUAGUGGAACUCUAAUCCAGAUAAACACUGUUUUAUUAUGUCUGCACAACGACAUCUCCCAUCUUGGAUGGAUGGAACUGACCACCACCAGCCGAUCAACAACACAAUAAAGAAAUCGGAAGGUGGCACGAACAAAGGUGCAAGGAAGAGCUGCCCCAGAAGAAUCGUGUACUGGAUGAAUGAACAAGAGCUCAUGGAAACAGCCAUCGGUAUUUUAAAGAACGAUAACGCAAAGUUAGACGUAGCGUGUACAGUGAAGACCAAAGAAACGAGACGUCUGACUGAUGCACAGGAGCGGACGUGCGUUUCAGACGUUGCCGAGCAGGAGACGAUUCCGUACGGCGAUACCUUAGUGAAGAACAGCUCGACUGCACGGUUACCCAGUACCCACGGUCCUGUUCAACCUCAUUCAGGGUCCUGUAGGUCAGAGCCGGAAUUUGAAGAUAACCCACAUGGAAGGAACUCUGAUCUCGACGCUCUGCGGCUAGUGCGAGAGAUCUUUUUCAAAUGAUUCAGUCAAUUGUCAACCUGAAAUCCUGAAGAGCACGGCAGUGUUCGGCGUUCACGCUUGUUUGAUUGUUUGACAAAAUAAUUAAACCUGGAAAACACUCUAGUGUUCUUCUUAGCCAAAAAGUA